AUGCAUUAUCAUGAGCUUCCAGUUUUGCCUUGUGCCCUCUUAUUUGCUUUGCUCUUGAGGACGCUCAAUUUAGCCCUCUGUAACGACCCCCAAUUGCUCGGGUCGAGUCCGAACGGAAUCUAUUAUAAGACAGUGCUCGAAAAUGGCCUCAAUGUUGCAGUCAAGAGACUCGGCCCGUUUUCCUGCGUGUCUUCUGAAGCCCACAGCAAGAAAAAGAUACUGCAAGAGUUCAGUAAACUGGCAUGCCUGAGGCAGAGGAAUUUGAUGAGUUUGAGGGCUUAUGUGUUUGAAUCGGGAGUUUACUCAUUGGUUUACGUUUAUGUGCCUGAUGGGAAGUCUUGA